AUGACGGUAUCAAAGCAUCACGACGCGCUGGUGGUUGGCACAGGUUUCGGGGGCUUGUAUGAGCUUUAUCUCCUCAAACAAUUGGGGUUGGACGUAGUAGCUAUUGACUCAGCCACGGAUGUUGGAGGAACAUGGCACUGGAAUCGAUACCCGGGAGCUAGGAGUGACGUAGACAGCCAAACAUACCGAUACUCAUGGGAUAAGGAACUACUCCAGACCUCCAAAUGGUCACACAAUUACCUUACUCAGCCGGAGCUUGAAGAAUACUUCCAGGGAAUUGCACGGAAGCACGACUUAUACCCGCAUAUACGCUUUGAGACGGAGCUCAAGCAUGCAAAUUGGAAUGAUCAGAAGAAUGUUUGGGAAGUCGGUACCAGUGCAGGUGACGAAUUUACGGUCCGCUAUCUGGUCACAGCCAUAGGAAUUCUGCAUCGGAAGAACAUACCUCAAGUCCCGGGACUGGAGACGUUCAAAGGUCGUGUUGUACACAGCUCGUCAUGGAAACCAGACGUGGAAUGGGAAGGCAAACGCAUCGGUGUCAUUGGCAGCGGGGCGUCCGGUGUUCAACUAGUCGGCGCUCUCGCGGAACAUGCAAAGUCACUAGAGCAUUUCAUUCGACAUCCGCAGUAUGUCUUACCCGCUGCUCUACGGCCUGUAUCUCCUGAGGAGCGGAAGGCCAUCAAUGAAAACUAUGAUAAGCUUUGGCACAGUGUGUUCGCGUCUUCUCUCGGAUUCGGAUUCCCGGAACCCAACAGGCCUGUAUUUUCCGUAUCUGCCAAAGACCGCGAGCAUAUCUUCCAAGACCUUUGGGACGAAGGGAGCGGUUUCCGUUUCAUGUUUGGUGGGUUUUCGGAUCUCGCCACUGAUGAAGCGGCGAAUAAGGAGGCGAUCAAUUUCAUCCAUCGAAAGAUCAAAGAAAUCGUUAAAGACCCCGAGACUGCUGAAGUGCUUCUAUCGAAGGAUUGGUUUGCGCGACGACCACUCACAGACGAUAAAUAUUAUUACCGUUUCAAUCAAGAGAACGUUAGUGCUGUGGACUUGAAGAAGACUCCGAUUACCAGUAUUGAGUCCGGAGGUAUCAAAACAUCCGACGGGAAAUUGCAUGAGCUCGACCUCAUUGUGUUUGCGACUGGCUUCAAUGCAACGGAUGGAUCGUAUUUUGCUAUCGAUAUAAAAGGGCGUGAUGGAUUGAGUCUGAGGGACCAUUGGUCGGAAGCACCUCGAACCCAUCUCGGAGCUGCAACAUCGAAGUUCCCGAAUCUGUUCUUUGUCAAUGGCCCUGGCGCAGCAUUUGCGAACAACGCGCCUGUGACCGAGACUGGAGCUUCAUUCGCCGCGGACCUGAUUGCCCGUGCAGAAGAAUAUCGCAAGGAAGGCAAGGGCAAUGGCGUUAUCGAGAGUACAAAGGAGGCAGACGAGCAAUGGUUUGAGACUAUAACAACUGUUGCUAAUCAGACAUUGUUUUCGAAGACACCGAGCUGGUUCUUUGGAGAAAAUGUCGAAGGGGGAGCCGUAGCGCCGCGAUUCUUUUUUGGUGGCAUCGGUCGAUUGAGAGCCGCAAUUGCUCAUGAACAGGAACAGGGAUAUCCAGGCUUCCAGUUUUCCUGA